CUCGUCUGGAUUCCCCACCAUGGCCUGGGACCCUCUGCUCCUCACGCUGCUCACGUACUGCUCAGGGGUCAGUUCGCAGCCCGUGGUGACUCAGGAGCCCUCGAUGUCGGUGACCCCAGGAGGGGCUGUCACUCUGUCCUGCAGCCUGAGCUCUGGAGCCGUCACCACCAGCAACUAUCCAGCCUGGUUCCAGCAGAAACCAGGCUCUGCUCCUCGGCAGCUUAUAUACAACACCAAUAGCAGACCCUCCGGGAUCCCUGCCCGGUUCUCUGGGUCCAUAUCCGGUAACAACGCUGCCCUGACCAUCACCGGUGUCCAGGCAGAGGAUGAGGCUGACUAUUACUGUGCUGUGUGGCCUGGUAGUGUGAAUCACAGUGAUCCAGCCAGAUGGGGAACUGAGACAAAAACCUCCCCUGUCUUCAUCCCCUCCAGCCUGGGCUCUGCACUGGCUGCACAGUUUGCCUCCAGCGCCCAGCCUGUCCUGACUCAACCGCCCUCCAUGACCGCAUCUCCUGGACAGACAGUCAAAAUCUCCUGUUCCAUGAGCAGUGGGGUCACUGUGCAGAGCUAUCCCCAAAACUGGCUGCAACAGACGCCUGGCAGCCCUCUGCGAUACCUGCUCUAUUACUAUAGCAGCAUGAGCAGGGGCUCUGGAGUCCCCAACCGAUUCUCAGGGUCCAAGGAGAGCUCCAGCAACGUUUGGUAUUUGACCAUCACCAAUGUCCAGGCAGAGGACGAGGCUGAUUAUUACUGUGCUGUGUGGUAUAGCAGCGGGGGAGUGUCUCACAGUGAUACACCCACAUGGGGAAGUGAGACAGAAACAUCCCCUGAGCAAAUCGCAUCCUCUCUGGCCUGGGUCUGA